AUGGCAACCCCUCAGGCGCUUGCGGACCGCACCGUCAAGAGCGACGCAAAGUGCUACAUCGACUCGGCGGCUGGCAAGGACGACGAAUCCGCCGACGGCUCCCAAUCGAAGCCCUAUCAGUCUCUCUACCAUGCCCUGGUCCAGCACCUCGAUAAGCCCGCGCCUACGUACCUCACCCGAGUCCCCCCCAAGGAGGGCUCCGCCGAUGGUUCUACCUGGGAAGAGCCCGCCAAGACCUCCCUGAAGAAGGCCGUCGGCCGCGUCGACGCCUACAAGAAGAAGCUGGCCAAGGACGAGCUGGCCAGCAAGAAGGAGGAGGAGGAGCGCCAGCAGCGCCUCAAGAAUCUCGAGGAUGCCAAGAAGAUUAUGCUCCAAGAGGACCCGUCGCUGCCGCCCGCCGUCAGGAUCAAGCUGAACAACAAGUCGGUCGAGCUGGGCACCCGCAUCAAGGUCUUUGGCCGCAUCCACCGCCUGCGGUCCCAGAAGCAGGCGACCUUCAUCACCCUGCGGGACGGCUACGGCCUCCUGCAAUGCGUCUUACCCGCCGGCGACCUGACUAAGACGUACGACGCCUUGGUCUUUGCUCAGGAAACCUCCAUCGUGCUGUACGGCGAGUUGAAGCAGCUGCCGCCCGGCGCCAGUGCCCCCGACAACCGGGAGCUCCAGGUCGACUAUUACAGGGUUCUCGGCUCGGCCCCGAGCGACCUAGACGCCAUCACCAACAAGGUCUCCAGGGAUCAGGACCCUUGGGAUGCCCAGAUGCUUGACAACAGGCACUUGGUUCUCCGCGGCGAGACUGCCUCGGCCGUCAUGAAGCUCCGCGAGUUCGUCGAGCUUGCCUUCAUUGACACGUACCGCGAAAUGCACUUCACCAAAGUGUCCCCCCCCGCCAUGGUCCAGACCCAGGUCGAGGGAGGCAGCACGCUCUUCAAGUAUGACUACUACGGCGAGGAAGCCUACCUCACCCAGUCGUCCCAGCUGUACCUCGAGACGGUCAUCCCGUCUCUUGGCGACGUCUACUGCAUCGAGAAGUCCUUCCGAGCGGAGAAGAGUCUCACGCGCCGGCAUCUCAGCGAAUACACGCACAUUGAGGGUGAGAUGGACUUCAUCGAGUUUGACGACCUGCUCGAGCAUCUCGAGGAGAUCAUCUCGCGGGUUGUCGACAAGGUCCAGGGUAACGCGGAAGUGGCGGCGUACUUGAAGCUCCUGAACCCCGGCUUCGAGAAGCCGUCACGGCCAUUUAUGCGUAUGAAGUACGAAGACGCCAUUGAGUGGCUCAACAAGCAGGACCCCCCUAUCCUCAACGAGGAGGGCAACGUCCACAGCUUCGGCGACGAUAUUGCUGAGGCUGCGGAGCGGAGGAUGACGGACAUUAUUAACCGUCCAAUCUUCCUCACGCACUUCCCCGUCGAGAUCAAGGCGUUCUACAUGAAGAAGGACCCCAAGGACCUCCGUGUGACGGAAUCCGUAGACGUUCUCAUCCCGGGAGUUGGCGAGAUCGUAGGAGGGUCCAUGCGCAUGGAGGACUACGACGAGCUGAUCGCGGCGUACAAGAAGAACGGGAUUGGCCCGGAGCCCUACUACUGGUAUACGGACCAGCGGAAGUUUGGAACAACCCCGCAUGGAGGAUACGGGCUGGGCUUGGAAAGAUUCCUCGCCUGGAUGGCCGGCCAGCACACGGUAAGGACAACGACGCUCUACCCGCGCUUCAUGGGUCGCGCGAGACCUUAG